AUGAACAUAACUAACAUUCAAGGUUAUCUCAAACCAUCAACAGACGCCCCACAUUUUCAAUUCGAGCUGGUUCAAUGCAGCCCAACAUACUUCAUCUUCUUCCUUGAUUUAAUUCCGAGGAAGGACCUAGUCCUCCACCCAGAUUACCUCAAAACUUUUUAUGAAGACACUCAACUCGAAGCACGUAGGCAACAAUUUGACACACACAUCCCUGAAGCCAAACCCUACUUCUCCUCUUCCCUCUACUUUCGAAAUGUUGUUUCUCCCACGGGGAUUUUGGCUAGCAUAACAUGUGAGGAUGGUGGAACGACAGAGCGUGCCGAAGAAAUUAUUCGCAACAAUAUUGUUCCCAUAGCUAAUGAGGUUCUUGAAAUAUGGAUGGAUAGUUGUGUUUGUAAAAGAACAAGCAGUGUUGGGGAAGAUGAGAGGGCUCAACUGGAGAAAAGGGAUCGAAUGAUAAAGAGUAGAGCAAUUGAGAUGGAUUUGAGCUCAAGCAUGCCCGUUCAAUUUGGAGAAGAAGUGGCAAAUAAAGUCUUGGGAGUUAUAAGAGAGUCAAAAUCGGAUGCUGACAUUAGUAUUGUGGUGAAGGGCCUUAUGGAUUUACAAAAAGCAAGUCUUUAUAGAGCACAAUCUAGAAAAGAUAAACACAGACGACAACAUGGGUUAACUUCACAGAAGAGGCAGGAAAUUAGGGAAGCGUUUGAACUAUUUGAUACUGAUGGCUCAGGCACUAUUGAUGCAAAAGAGCUGAAUGUUGCCAUGAGGGCGCUUGGUUUCGAGAUGACAGAAGAGCAAAUCGAGCAAAUGAUUGCAGAUGUUGACAAAGAUGGCAGUGGUGCGAUUGAUUAUGAUGAAUUUGAGCAUAUGAUGACAGCCAAGAUUGGAGAAAGGGACACAAAGGAAGAGCUUUCAAAAGCAUUCCUUAUUAUUGACCACGAUAACAAUGGAAAAAUUUCUGUAAAUGACAUCAAGCGAAUAGCCAAGGAGCUUGGUGAAAGCUUCACUGACAGAGAGAUCGAAGAGAUGGUUGAGGAAGCCGACCGAGAUCAUGAUGGAGAAGUGAGUAUGGAAGAGUUCAUGAGGAUGAUGAAGAGGACGACGUAUGGGUACUAG